CGCGCCGGCUCCCAUUCUUCCCGUGGCAGCGGGGCGGGCGCAGCCAUGCAGCGCAGCGGGCGCCGCCGGCACUGAGCCCGCCCGGCCCCCGCCCCGCCGCCGUGUGUGUAUGUGUGUGUGCUGCCGUGUACCGCCGUGUGUGUGCCGCCCAGCCCCACAGAAUGGACUGCUGAAUUGAGAAUUAUUGCAGACCCAACAGUACAGCACUGCUCAUUGCUUCAUCUAUCACUAGUUAUUUAAAUUGGACUUUUAAUAUCCUGCCAGCUGCUGUUCACACACACAUGGUGCAUUGUUGCCAUUCUCAGAAUUGCAUCUUUGAAACCCAGGCCCUCAGUAACCUUCACUGAACAAAGAGGCGACCUCCUGCGUACGUUCACAGAGGGAUUUUUUGGACUGUCUGCCCUCUGGCUUUCUUGCAAGUGCUGUGUUUCUGAGACACUAUGGAGCCCAGUAUGGAGUACUGCUUAGCGCAGGUGCUGCAGAAGGAUGUUGGGAAGAGACUUCAGGUUGGUCAGGAACUGAUAGAUUACUUCUCAGAUAAACAGAAGUCAGCUGAUCUGGAACAUGAUCAGACGAUGCUGGAUAAAAUGGUUGAUGGACUGGCCACCUCUUGGGUGAAUUCCAGCAAUUAUAAGGUGGUGCUGCUGGGGAUCGACAUCAUCUCCGCGCUGGUGUCCCGCCUGCAGGACCGCUUCAAGGCCCAGAUUGGCACAGUGCUGCCCAGCUUGCUGGAUAGGCUGGGGGACUCCAAGGACUCUGUGCGGGAGCAGGAUCAGACCUUGCUGCUGAAAAUCAUGGAACAGGCUGCUAAUCCUCAGUACGUGUGGGAUAGGAUGUUAGGAGGAUUCAAACACAAGAAUUUCCGGACAAGAGAAGGGAUCUGUCUCUGCCUUAUUGCAACACUCAAUGCAUCUGGAGCUCAGAGUUUAACGCUGAGUAAGAUAGUGCCACAUAUAUGUAACUUACUUGGAGAUCCAAACAGCCAGGUUCGAGAUGCAGCAAUAAACAGCCUUGUGGAAAUUUACAGACAUGUUGGUGAACGUGUAAGGGCUGAUCUCAGUAAAAAAGGGUUACCCCAAUCUCGAUUGAAUGUAAUUUUCACAAAAUUUGAUGAGGUCCAAAAAUCUGGAACCAUGAUCCAGAGCUCGAGUGAUAAAAAUUUUGACGAUGAAGACUCUGUGGAUGGGAACAGACCUUCCUCAGCUAACUCCUCUACGUCUUCAAAGGCCCCUGCAAACUCACGUAGAGUUGGAAUGGGGACUACUCGCAGACUUGGGUCUGCAGCUCUGGGAUCCAAGUCCUCAACAGGUAAAGAGGGAGCAGGUGCUGUGGAUGAAGAAGACUUCAUUAAGGCUUUUGAAGAUGUCCCAACUGUUCAAAUUUAUUCUAGCCGGGAUCUUGAGGAAUCCAUAAACAAAAUAAGAGAGAUAUUAUCUGACGAUAAACAUGACUGGGAACAGAGAGUAUCUGCUUUGAAAAAGAUCCGCUCCUUACUGUUGGCUGGAGCUGCAGAAUACGAUAACUUCUUCCAACACUUACGACUCCUGGAUGGAGCGUUUAAAUUAUCUGCUAAAGACCUGCGAUCUCAGGUAGUGCGGGAAGCUUGUAUCACACUGGGGCAUUUAUCAUCAGUGCUGGGAAACAAGUUUGAUCAUGGGGCAGAAGCCAUUAUGCCAACAAUUUUUAAUCUAAUUCCAAAUAGUGCCAAAGUCAUGGCCACUUCUGGUGUUGUAGCAGUUAGAUUAAUCAUUCGACAUACACACAUCCCCCGACUAAUACCCAUCAUAACCAGUAAUUGUACCUCCAAGUCUGUUGCGGUUAGAAGGCGCUGUUUUGAAUUUUUAGACCUGCUGCUGCAAGAGUGGCAAACCCACUCCCUAGAAAGACACAUAUCAGUGUUAGCUGAAACAAUAAAGAAGGGAAUUCAUGAUGCAGACUCUGAAGCCAGGAUAGAAGCAAGAAAGUGUUACUGGGGUUUUCACAGUCACUUCAGCAGAGAGGCAGACCAUUUGUACCACACCUUGGAGUCCUCCUACCAGAAAGCCCUGCAGUCGCAUUUGAAGAACUCCGACAGCAUCGUGUCCUUGCCCCAGUCAGAUCGCUCCUCCUCCAGCUCCCAGGAGAGUCUCAACCGUCCACUGUCUGCCAAAAGAAGCCCUACUGGAAGUACUACAUCAAGAGCAUCUACAGUAAGUACAAAAUCUGUGUCAACACCAGGAUCUCUGCAGCGAUCCCGCAGUGACGUUGAUGUGAAUGCAGCAGCUAGUGCCAAGUCAAAAGUGACAUCUUCUGGAGCAUCCAACCCCUUCAGUUCUGCUGCAGCCCUGCCCCCAGGCUCAUAUGCAUCACUAGAUGGUACUACCACUAAAACUGAGGGUCGGAUUCGUACAAGGAGGCAGAGCUCUGGCAGUGCCACCAGCGUCACCUCAACACCUGCUGAUACCCGAGGCCGCAGCCGGGCUAAAGUGGUUUCCCAGUCCCAGCGAUCCAGAUCAGCUAAUCCUGCUGGUGCUGGUAGUCGGUCUAGUUCUCCGGGUAAGCUGUUAGGAAGCACCUAUGGUGGCUUGAGCAGUGGAACAUCCAGAGUUCAACCAGUGCCAUCAUCUUCAGAGAAGCGCAGCAAGAUCCCCCGGAGCCAGGGAUGCAGUCGAGAGACGAGUCCCAACAGAAUAGGACUAGCACGGAGCAGUCGUAUCCCCCGACCCAGCAUGAGUCAGGGGUGCAGCCGUGAUACCAGCCGUGAGAGCAGUCGAGAUACAAGCCCUGCUCGGGGCUUUCCUCCACUUGCUUCUCGACGUCAUUCCAGGUCCACUAGUGCUCUCUCCACUGCUGAUUCUGUUGGGCAGUCAGACCGGUUUGGACUCGGACAGUCAGGCAGGAUGCCUGCUUCUGUGAAUGCCAUGCGAGUCCUGAGCACAAGCACAGACCUGGAGGCUGCUGUGGCUGAUGCACUGCUGUUAGGAGACUCCAGGAGCAAGAAAAAGCCAGUGAGAAGAAGAUAUGAACCCUAUGGGAUGUACUCUGAUGAUGACGCUAACAGUGAUGCAUCAAGCGCUUGCUCAGAGCGCUCCUAUGGUUCCAGGAAUGGAGGCAUUCCACACUAUCUGCGGCAGACUGAAGAUGUGGCUGAGGUCCUGAACCACUGUGCCAGCUCCAACUGGUCUGAAAGGAAGGAGGGCCUCAUAGGUCUCCAGAACUUACUGAAAAGCCAGCGGACGCUGAGCCGAGUGGAAUUAAAAAGACUGUGUGAAAUAUUUACUCGCAUGUUUGCUGACCCUCACAGCAAGAGAGUCUUCAGCAUGUUUCUGGAAACCCUGGUUGAUUUCAUCAUCAUUCACAAAGAUGACUUGCAGGAUUGGCUUUUUGUUCUCCUGACACAGUUAUUGAAAAAAAUGGGAGCAGAUUUGCUGGGGUCUGUGCAGGCAAAAGUUCAGAAAGCUCUGGAUGUCACCAGGGAUUCUUUUCCAUUUGAUCAACAGUUUAACAUUUUGAUGAGGUUUAUUGUGGAUCAGACCCAAACACCAAACCUCAAGGUGAAAGUUGCUAUCCUGAAAUACAUUGAGUCCUUGGCAAGACAGAUGGAUCCAACAGACUUUGUGAACUCUAGUGAGACAAGACUUGCUGUGUCUAGAAUUAUAACUUGGACAACAGAACCAAAGAGCUCAGAUGUGAGAAAGACCAUGCAUAGUUGGGUAGGUGAGGAUUUGCCAGCUAGGACAACUACAGCUUCCUCAGGGCCCGGUGAAGGAAACUUGGAAGAAAAAUGUAAACAGGCAGCACAAAUAGUCCUGAUUUCUCUCUUUGAACUGAACACACCUGAGUUUACCAUGUUACUUGGUGCCUUGCCAAAAACAUUCCAGGAUGGUGCUACCAAGCUCCUGCACAACCACCUCAAGAACUCCAGUAACACCAGUGUGGGUUCCCCCAGCAAUACUCUUGGUAGGGCUCCCUCUCGGCACUCCAGCAGCAGAACCAGCCCCUUGACUUCACCUACCAACUGUUCCCAUGGUGGGCUGUCUCCAAGUCGGUUCUGGGGUUGGAGUGCAGAUGGGCUGUCGAAGCACCCCCCUCCCCUUUCUCAGCCUAACUCCAUCCCCACCGCUCCUUCCCACAAGACUUUCAGACGCUCUUAUUCUCCCAGUAUGCUGGAUUAUGACACGGAGAACCUAAAUUCUGAAGAUAUUUACAGUUCCCUUCGUGGAGUCACUGAAGCUAUUGAAAAGUUUAGUUUCCGUAGUCAAGAGGACCUGAAUGAACCAAUCAAGCGUGAUGGGAAGAAAGACUGUGACAUGGUGUCUCGAGAUGGUGGCCUUGCAGUACCUACCAGCGAUGUCCGAGGAGGUAGUGAUACUGUAGAAGGAGGAAGAAUGGCUCUAGAUAACAAAACCUCCCUACUUAACACUCAGCCACCCCGCGCCUUUUCAGGCCCACGUGCUCGGGAGUAUAAUCCCUAUCCUUACUCCGACACAAUUAACACUUACGACAAGACUGCCCUCAAGGAAGCAGUUUUUGAUGAUGACAUGGAUCAACUUCGUGAUGAAGUACCCAUUGACCAUUCAGAUUUGGUGGCUGAUCUUCUGAAAGAGCUCUCUAAUCACAACGAGCGGGUGGAGGAGCGGAAAGGAGCCCUCCUGGAACUGCUGAAGAUCACAAGGGAGGAUAAUCUCGGAGUUUGGGAGGAACAUUUCAAAACCAUUCUGCUCUUGCUCCUGGAAACGCUUGGAGACAAAGAUCAUUCAAUAAGAGCCUUGGCACUGCGAGUCCUUAGAGAAAUCCUACGGAAUCAGCCGGCAAGGUUCAAAAACUACGCAGAGUUGACCAUCAUGAAAACGCUGGAAGCACACAAGGAUUCCCACAAGGAGGUCGUCAGAGCUGCUGAGGAAGCUGCUUCUACCCUGGCAAGCUCCAUCCACCCUGAGCAAUGCAUCAAGGUGCUUUGCCCCAUCAUUCAGACUGCAGAUUAUCCAAUUAAUUUAGCUGCCAUCAAGAUGCAGACAAAGGUCAUUGAGAGGAUUUCCAAGGAAUCAUUGCACCAACUCCUUCCUGAUAUUAUUCCUGGCUUGUUACAGGGUUAUGACAAUACAGAGAGCAGUGUCCGUAAAGCUAGCGUAUUUUGCCUGGUGGCAAUUUAUUCAGUAAUUGGUGAAGAACUGAAACCUCAUCUUGCACAACUCACAGGAAGCAAGAUGAAGCUACUAAACUUGUACAUAAAGAGGGCCCAAACUACCAACAGCAACAGCAGUUCCUCUUCAGAUGUUUCAACGCACAGUUAAUGGAGAUACGUGGACAUAUGUGUAGACUUAGAAGCAAUCAACGGUGCCUCUCAGAGACCUUUCUGCUACUCUUCGCUGGCGCACUUCAUCAGCUAAAGGAGGCCAUGCAGAUAUUUAUUGCAAUCAGUAUUCUAGUCCCUUAAAGCUUUUAUGUAAAACCUUACUGGUAUUGAAUGUAAAGGAAGCAAGGUCUGUGUUGCAGUCUUCAUUAAAAGUGAACAACAGAAAGCCAUACUUAAACAUAUUGUAUAGCCUGCUGAAAUCUUGGAAAUAUGUUUAGGUUAGCAUUCCAAAAGAGUCAAAAAACCUGGACGUGUGUAAAAGUCAAACAAAUCUUGGUUUAGUUCAUACCCAGUUUUGGUUUUUGUGCGCUAGUUACUGCUCUUUCCCUGUGGCCACAGCCGUUCUGGCUGCGAUCUCCUCUUACAAGUCCUGUGGUCCUGUUUUGUACUUCCUAUCGCAGCUUGCCUAAUGUGCAGAGUUCUCCACGAGGAGAUCUUUGCUGAUAUGGCUGUGGUUCCAGCCUCUAAUGCUUUAAUACUGGGAUAUCAAGUGAGUAAUGAAAAAGUAGGUUCUUUUUAAAUAUCUGAGUUUUUUGUAUAUAGUUCUUCUGACAGACCUCUGAUGGCUGAUCUCUCUAACUGCUCUCCAGCCAGCUGUGCUUUGUAGAGCAACUGGGCUCUCGCUACCUUCGUUGACUGUGUAAAUAUUUCCCCUCUCCCAACCCAUUCGGCUCUUUCAUGUGCUCGAGACUCUUCAGGUUACUUGUUGCUCCCCAAAGGGACCCUCAGAUGCUGUUCUGAGACUGGUGCCUGCGUUUGGACACGAGCUCGGUGGGUGUUGGAUUGGGCUUGGGUGUAUCCUUGGGUGGACAGUCAGAGCUGGCAAGGCUGUAUGGCAGUGCUGCCUUGUGUGAGACUGGCUGUGUUUUUCCUAAAGUCUGUAGCGACAGAGGACUGAUUUGCCACUUCAACCAGGACCCAUCGAUGUUGGUGGUAAAUGGCUUUAAAUCCACGCAAAUCCAGUGUGCUUUGGGCAGACUGUUCAUCCAAGAGGACAGAAAGGGAAUCUGAAGCUGGACAAAACAACCCUGUGGAAGCUGAGGGUUGGCUGGGAUAGUGCUUCUCACCUGCUGUCGUUCCUGUCUCGUGCUUGAAGAGCCUGCAGUGCUGUCUUCUGCCUUUAGAAGCCUCCUUCUUCCCAGCCAGCCCCAGGCACAGCCCUGCUGGGUGCUUUGCAUUUUGAAGGGUUGUGAUAGACCGUGACACAGACCAGGUAAGAGCCAAACCAGCAGCAGCAGAUAACCCACAGCACCAUCCUGCUCCAAACUUCUGUUGGCAGCGGCUGAAUUUCUAUAGCCUCUGCUUGUGACUGGGGGAGCAGGAGGAUGCUUGUGCUGCGUUUGGCCCUAGGCUGGAUCCUGGCUGACAGACAGGCCCAUCCCAACCUGCUAUGGAUGGGAACUGGGGUUUUUCCCCCAGUGACAGUGAUUGCAGGAGGGUGAUGGACCUGUAGCAUGUGUUCCCUGGCUGCUCUCAGUGCCUUGGUCUCUCUGCAGCCCCCUUCAUUUCCCCUUUGAGGAGCUGAAGGGAAACCUUGGUCGCAGACUCAGUGGCAGCAUGUGAGCAUUGCCAGAACUGCAGCGAGGGGAGCACAGCAAGGAGAAAUAAAGCCUUGCGGCCUUCCCUCUCCAUCAGUUUGUGCUCCUGUGGCUCAGCCCCAGCCCUGAGGAGCUGUGCUGGGAGGCGAUGGCUGAUGCAGCUCCAGAAGGGCCGAGGUGUAUGAGGACUGGGGCUGGGCUGCAAAGCUUUUCCAGCCUCUCACCUGUCUGCCGUGGGAGCGGAGGUGACCUGCUCUUGAGGUCAUCAGGAUGAGACCAGGCUUGGGCCGGCUGCGGGGUUGAUCCCUCAUGUUCCCUAGUGCUGUGGCUGGAGGGGAACCCUGUGGUCUGACCGUGGGAUUCCUCCAGGCCCUCUCUGCUGGCUCAGAAGAGCCGUCCUUGCUUGGGAGAGGAUUGUCUGCUCCAUGCUUGGUGUCUCCCUGUCUGUGGACCAUUCCUUUUCAACACCUUUCAGUAUGCUUGUUAGACUUUUGUGUUCUGUUUUUUCUAAUUUUUUUUUUUUUUUGAAGGAUUCAGAUAAUUUUAGUUUAAUGUGCAUCUAUUUUCCCUUUUGAGGAAACGUUCAGUCAACCCAUUGGCAGCAGUUUGCUGUCUUGGUUGAAUUUUAGUAGCGGGUUGGGUGGUUUUUUUUCCCCCCUUUGUUUUGUUUUAGUUGUUACUCUAACUGCUUACUAUUUAUGCCUCUCUUUCUCCCCAUCUCAGUUCACCAUCUUCUGUUCCAGCCCUGGGGCUCAGCAGUCAGCAUAGCUGACCCGAUGGCGCUUAGUUCCUCCCAGCUGUGAUGGAGCAUUUUGGGUUUGGUUUAUUUUUUGUUUUGUUUUGUUUUUUGAAUGGCACACUGUAGCAAACCUCCGGGAAUCGAAUUCCUUCUCAAAUGAUUUUGUACUUUAUAAAAUCCUGUUAGUAUGCACUGAGAGUGAACGCACUGUAAUGUCCCUGAACUGACCCUGGCACCCGCGCUGACACUAAAGGAGUUAGCAGCUCGUCCUAUGGAAUUAGGUGUGAAAUCCGCCAUGCUCUGUGGCUGCAGAGGUGAGUGCCUGUUUCUCAGAUACCAUUGGCACACUUGGGGCUGCAAAAUAGUAGAACCAGGCCUUACUUUCGUAAUCAGAUUCCGUUCUGUUUGUCAACAGACGCUCGUUGUGUUCCUUCCUUUCAUUACGUGAGUCGGUCGAGGACUGUUCAUCCUUUGAGUACUCUAGAAGUAUGUUAUACCUGUAUACAGUAGGGGGCAUUCUGCUUAGGUAUUUAUAAAACACUGCGUAUAAUGUACAUAGUAGGGUUGUUUAGUAUGUUGAACAUGAUCAUUUUUUUCCUUUGAAGUACUCAAAGGGCUAGCUCUGAAUGUCACCUCUCUGAUCUCCAGCAUUCUGACUUCCAACAGCCGUACAAUCAUUUUCUUCUCUCUUCAGCAAAGCAUAAAGGUCUCUCUGGCUACAGACCGCAGCGUCCACGCAUGUUUGCAGAGAACGAUCUGCAUGCAGGCAGUGCCUCACCGCACCGGUGAAGCUUGUGUUCACCUUCUCCCAGCAGUAGCCACCUACUGCAGCUGCCUUUUAUUUCCUCGCUGCCCAUUAUGCAGGGCUUCAACUUUUCAUACUUUAUUAAAAAAAAAAAAGAAAAAA